GCAGAGCGCCGGCACCAAGGUCACUCAAGGUCACACAGCGCCCCCAUUGACCCCAACGAUGUCCCCUCAUUGCCCCCAAUGCCCCCAUUGACCCCAAUCUCCCCCCCCCCGCAGCCCCAUGGAGGCGCCGUGGCUCUCAUGGCUGCUGCUGCUGCUCCUGCUGGCCCUGUUGGUCCGGCGCUGUUGGCUGGGGGGGGGGGCGCAGCCGCCAUCUUUCCCCCCCCGGGCCGCCGGCGCUGCCCAUCGUGGGGAACCUCCCCCAGGUGGGGCUCGGGAACAUGGCUGCCGCCUUCCGCAGGCUGAGCUCUCGCUACGGCCCGGUGCUGUCGCUGCGCCUGGGCUCAGAGCGGGCGGUGGUGGUGAGCGGCGUGGCGGCGCUGCGGGAGCUGCUGGUGACCAGGGGGGACGAAUUCACCAGCCGGGGGCAUUUCGCCAUCGGGGAGAAGCUGAGCGCGGAUCUGGGGCUGUUCAUGAGCAACGGGGACAAAUGGAUCAGCAUGCGGAGAUUCGCCCUGACGGCGCUGCGGGACGCGGGGAUGGGGAGCAGGAGGGCAGAGGAGAUGGCGAUGGAGGAGGCGGCUGAGCUGAUCCGAGAGCUGGAGAAGGGGGGAACUGCAGUGCAGGACCCCUCGGAGCUGCUGAGUGCGGCGGUGGGGAACGUGGCGCUGCGGCUGCUCUGCGGGCGCCGCUUCCCAUACGGGGAUUCGGGGUACCGCGAUGCGCUGCGCCGCAUGGCCGAGAACAUCCGCAUCGAGAGCUCCGCCAUGGGCAAGCUGUACAACGCCCUCCCUGCGCUGCUGGAUCCGCUGCCCGGCGCCCAUCGGCGCUUCUUCCGCAACACCGCGCGCGUGCGCAGCUUCCUGGACGGCGUCAUCGCGGGGGGGGGGCGGCGAGAAGAGCGGCGAAACAUCGCGAGAUUUCACCAUGCCCCAAUCCCAUCGCAGGCCACCCCCAGGUCGCCGUUCACAGCCACCAACCUGCAGGUGUCGGCCUUCGAUCUGUUCCUGGCCGGGACGGAAACCACCAGCCUGGCGCUGAGAUACGGCAUGAUGGCACUGAUGGGGAGCCCCACCAUCAUGGAGCGGGUUCAGGAGGAGCUGGAUCGCGUUGUGGGGUCGGAGCGGCUGCCAUCCUUACGGGAUCGCCAGGCGCUGCCCUACACCGACGCCAUCAUCCACGAGGUGCAGCGGCACCUCGACCUCAUCCCGCUGGGGUUCGUCCGCACCGUCACCAGGGACACCCCCUUCCGGGGGUACAUCAUCCCCAAGGGCAGCACCAUUUACCCCCUGCUGAGCUCAGCCCUGAAGGACCCCCACUACUUCCCGGACCCGGAGCGCUUCGACCCGCAGCAUUUCCUGGAUUCUGAGGGGAAAUUCCGCCGCUGCGAAGCCUUCAUGCCCUUCUCUGCAGGGAGGCGGAUGUGCCUGGGGGAGCCGCUGGCGCGGAUGCAGAUCUUCAUCUUCAUCACCGCCCUCCUGCAGCGCUUCCGGCUGUGCCCCCCCCCCGGGGAGGAGCCCCCCGAGCUCCGGCCCGACAUCGGCGGCAUCACCAACAUCCCGCCGGCCCUGCGCCUCCGCUUCUGUCCGAGAUGAGGCCCCCCGAAAUGGGGGAGACCCCAUCCCAAAAGGACCCCAACAACGACCCCAUAUCCCCCCCCAAGAAGACCCCCGCGGGUCGCCCCCCUCCCCCAUCCCCAAUAAAACUGUAUCCUCCAA